CCAGGUUCCGCCAUCCUCUGAGGAGAUGGAUGCGUGCGAGGAAGUCAUGCCAGAGAACUGUGGGAAUGAGACUUCUCUGGCAGGUGGUGGACAGGAGAAUUUUGAUUGUAGAGAACCACAUCGGGUGCCACCAGAAGCAGCUGUGCAUGGAUUGGGGGACGAGACCUUCAAUGCUCAAGAUGAAUCAAGGAGGCAGGAAGAAAACCAUACAGAGAACUGGAGAGAUAAAUCCAUUGUCUGUCAUGCUGAUAACCUUCAUGAAACCCCAGUACAAUAUAAACACCACAAGGGAAAAAAGAGGUAUGAAUGCCCUUUUUGUGGGAAAGCUUUCUAUUCUAAGUCUCUCCUUGCUGUCCAUUGCAGAACGCACACUGGAGAGAAACCGUAUAAAUGUUCAGAGUGUGGAAAGAGCUUCCGCCAGAGCAGAAACCUUACUUCCCAUCAACGGAUCCACACAGGGGAGAAGCCAUACAAGUGCUUGGAAUGUGGAAAGAGCUUCAGUUGGAAUUCAAAUCUUACUUCACACCAGCGGAUCCACUCAGGGGAGAAGCCGUACAAGUGCUUGGAAUGUGAUAAGAACUUCUGUGAUAGCACACUUCUUACUAGACAUCAGAUAAUCCACACAGGGGAGAAGCCAUUUACAUGCUUGGAAUGUGGGAAGAGCUUCCGUCAGAGCAGAAACCUUACUUUACAUCAGAGAAUACACACAGGGGAGAGGCCAUACAAGUGCUUGGAUUGUGGGAAGAACUUCCAUCGGAGAACACACCUUACUUCCCAUCAACGAAUCCAUACAGGGGAGAAGCCAUUUAAAUGCUUGGAAUGUGGAAUGAGCUUCAGCUGGAAUUCAAAUUUUACUUCACAUUACAGGAUUCACACAGGAGAGAAACCACAUAAGUGUGUGGAGUGUGGGAAGAGCUUCUGUACUACCACGCAACUUGCAUCACAUAAUAAGACUCACACAGGAGAGAAACCUUUUAAGUGUUCAGAGUGUGGAAAGAGCUUCUCAGAUAGCACCCUCCUUACUAGACAUCAAAUAAUCCACACAGGGGAGAAACCAUUUAAAUGCUUGGAAUGUGGAAAGUGCUACAGUCAGAGGUCAAGUCUUACUUCACAUCGGAGAAUACACAGAGAUGCCAUAAGACAGAAGCCAUACAAAUGUUUGGAGUGUGGAAAGUGCUUCAGUAACAGCACACAGCUUAUUUUACAUCAGAGAAGCCACACAGGAGAGAAACCUUACAAAUGCUUGGAGUGUGGAAAGAGCUUCAGUGAUGGCACACUUCUUAACAGGCAUCAAAUAAUUCACAGAGAGGAGAAACCAUAUAGAUGCUUGGACUGUGGAAAGAGCUUCCGUCAGAGCCGAAACCUCACUUUACACCAGAGAAUCCACACAGGGGAGAAACCAUAUAAGUGUUUGGAUUGUGGAAAGAGCUUCCAUCAGAGAACACACCUUACUUCCCACCAGCGAAUCCACACGGGAGCAAAACCGUUUAAAUGUUUGGAAUGUGGAAAGAGCUUCAGUUGGAAUUCAAGUCUUACCUCUCAUCACAGAAUGCAUACGGGAGAGAAACCGUACAAGUGCUUGGAGUGUGAGAAAAGCUUCUGUACAACCUCACAACUUACAUCACAUCGCAAAACCCACACAGGAGAAAAACAUUACAAGUGUUUGGAGUGUGGAAAGAGCUUUUGUGACAGCACACUCCUUACGAGACAUCAGAUCACCCACACAGGGGAGAAGCCAUUUAAAUGCUCAGAAUGUGGAAAGAGUUACAGCCAGGUUUCAAGCCUAUCUUCUCACCGGAAAGUCCACAGAGAUGCCACAAUCCAGAAACCAUACAAAUGCUUGGAGUGUGGGAAGAGUUUCAGCAAUAGCACACAACUUAUUUUACACCAGAGAAUUCACAUGGAAGAGAAACCUUAGGAAUGGUUUGCAGUAACACACCAGAGGAUUUGCAUGCGAGAGAAACCUUCUAAAUGCCAGGAGUGUGGAAAUUGCUCCGGAAUUAGUUGUGAGCUCAAAACCAUAUCAAAAGAUUCACACUGCCUAGAAACAGUAAGCAUGUUUGGAAUAGCGAGUUUCUAGUGGAAUAACUCAGAUACAUUCGUACCUUGGUUAUUGAACAGCUUAGUUCUU